AUCCGCGACCGACGACGUUUUCUUUUCGCGUUUGGUGUCGAGAGUCGAGUUGCGUGCGUGUUGUGUGUGUGUUUUCUCGGUUUUCUCAGAGGAAAAUAAUUUCGCUGCGAAAUUUGUUCAACGUUUUAAGUUCUCGAUUGAUUCGGUUUUGGAUUGUGAACCCGUAGAGGAUUCCGGCAAUUGCGUGCUCCAUCCAGGAAUUAUCAUUGAGAGUUCCUCUUGAAAAGAAAGUGGAAGUCUGAAAGAGAGAGAGAGAGAAAUGGAUCACCAUAGUGGAACUGGCGGUUGGCAGAAUCCGGCGGAAACGUCUCUGGGCGCAAUGAGAUCUCCCAAAGCCAAAGAAAUUCCAGGCACUUCAGCUGCGGCGCUUUCGGCGAACGCAAAGGAGUUCGUUCCGACUAAACUAUCCUCCCCGCCACAGCCGCAGCAGACACAUCAAUAUGGCCACCAAUCCAAUCGCUACCGAGGGGACAACAACGGAAUCGGUGGCGGAGGCGGUGGAGGUGGUGGGACCUACAAUGCGCACCCUUCACACUACCCGCCUCUGGACAACGGUGCCAUAGUGAACGGAACCGGUGUCAGCGAACGGCUAAACAUCAACCAGCAUAGCAAACCGCAGAUGGGAGGACACAACAACUAUAGUGAUAAAAAAGAUCUACGCAGCUCCUCGCACUAUAACCAUCACCAGCAGCAUCAGAACCAACACUAUCCUCAACAUUCUCAACAACAGCGUCUACAGCAACACCACCUUCACCACCAGCAGCAAUCGCAUCAUGGGCUGCAUCAAAACGUCGGUGGUCCGGCCUAUCCGUUCUUCGGAUGUUCGUCAACGGCGCUGAACAAUCAUCUGCACCAUCCAAUGCUCGGUGGAAUGGCGGCAGUGGCACAACAGGCCAGCGGAUCCGGCGGGGGAGGCAUGAUGCCCCAGCAUGACAAUAGGAACAAGAACAACAAUGGCCUGAAGGCGCGGUUACACAAUGCGCAGAACCCUCCAAUGCAGUCACAUCACCAUCAAUCGCAGCAUCACCAUCAGCAGCAUCAUCAACAGCAACAUCACCACAUGCACCAGCAGCAACAACAUCACGGGAUGCUCGGAGGACACAACGAUUUCGGAGCUGACGCCGAUUCCGAUCAGAUUUCGGAAAAUGAAACCUUCGCGCUGGACUAUCUAACCGAGGUGAUUGCCGAGCUGUACGACAAUCCUGGCAUGUUCGAUAGCAUUCAACGAAAGCUCAAGGGUACCUUUGCCGAGUUCCGGAACAAUCACUUUGUGUUGAGUAACGCCGUGGAGUUGAUCUUUGAACAGUCAAUCAAAGAGCAAAACUUCCGCUACAUGGGAGCCCGCUUGUGCAAGCUGCUGGACAGUUUGGACGGGGAUCCGGCCGGUGUGCUGUGGCAGCUGCUGAGCAUGAAGAUGUCCCAUCAACAGUCGGAGCUUCACGGCUUCAUGACCAACCAGCAGAUCAAGGUGCGCGGCACGACACUCUUCCUGGCCGAACUGUACAUGCAGCUGAGAAAACCGAGUGAUAUGAACCGAAAUGGCGAAAUCGCAAUGCGGAUCAUCGAAGCUGCCAAAGUCUUGCUAAGUAAAGAAGGUCCCGAAAACAUCAAAUGCGUCUGCCAAUGCUUAAAGUUGUGCGGUUACGAGCUGGAACGAGAUCGCCGUGACGAGUUGUUGGACAUCCUGCACACGUUAGGGCAGCUGGAAAACUCCACCGACAACUCGACUGGACGCUUCAUUCGCUCGGUGCUAGAUCUGCAGCAGAAGUCCUGGGGUCGCAAUGAGGAAAUCGUGCCCGUUAUUCAACCGCAAAUGAGUGAACCUGUCUCGGUGGUUGACGAGUUUCAUGAUAGUCCCGUGUUCUACGGUCCCGAUGGCCAAGUCAUGACACAGGAGGAAAACGAUUUCCUAGAAACUGCCGCCCCAAUUACCUUCGAGGAGUAUGAUGAUGAAGAAGGCGACCCGGAAGACCUGGUGGACGAUGGAAACAUGGACCUGGAAAUCAAGCUGGCAUUCAAGGAAUUUGUCACUGGCAACAACAACCGACAAAACUACUAGCGCGUUGUUCCGCCGCCAUUGACUGCCUCGCUGUGUCCCGGUUGUUAGCGACAUGGUCAGCCACGUGUGAUUGAGAAGCAAAAGCAGUAGCAACAGCAGCCGCAGCAAAAAAAAAACAUUCAGAUUUAGUAAGGAUUAUCCUAUUUUUAUCAAUACUUAAUUUUAAGCUAAAUUGUAACGAAAUAAGCGAUUGAUACAAAACCAUUGCUAGUGCCGCCCUGAGGGAGUGUGAUGAAAGAUUGGAAGCGCCACCAACCAGCCAGAAAAGUCAAGCAAGCAAGCAAACAUAACGAAUAGUAAUUGUACAUGAGCAGAGUGAAGUAGAGCACAACAUUUUACACCUAAUCCCGAAAAUUGGCUGUGGAAGUAUGACGGCGUACCGGAGAGUCCUACUUAAAACUACGUAGAAAAAGUGUAGCACACUAGCGAGUGAUUACAAAGAAACCAAUCAUGAAUUAUCCGCGAGAGUUAAGAGCAGGCAACUUCCAUAUCCAAUGAUCUUCAGUAAGUAAAGUUUAGUUUCCCCUUCUCUUUUUUUUAUUUUAGGGGAGAGUCAAUGUGAUUUUUGUCGGCGUAGGCCUCAAUUGUGAGCAUAAAGUAAUAUAAUAAAAAAGAACACCGAAAUUGUCACAAAGAGCGACUUAUGUUGUAGAUCAAUCUCCGCUGGUGACGGUUUGUUUCACAUUCAAUAAUUCCGCAUACCUAUCUCAAAGCGCAGGAAGCUUCUAUCUGUUCUGAUUACAGUAUUUCAAUCCCAUUCGAAUUGUUCUAAAUUCAAGAACCAACGUUGCAUGCUAAAACAUAUACAAAAGUGUAGUAGAGAAAAAUAACGCCAUUUGUUGAGCCAGAUUUCACGUGAUGUAGAUCAAUCACGAAAUACAAAACAAAAAAGACACAUGACAGAAAUUAUUUUAUGCAUUAAA